AUUUUUAUUUUCGCAGAAGCUAGGAUACGUCGUUAGCAAAAGUUUCCAUAAAAUUAAAAAUGGCAGAAAACAAGGAAUGUUCAUCAAGCUGGGGAACCCCCUUUAGCGGAUUUGCAACAACUGCAAUCCACAACGGUCAAGAUCCUGAACAAUGGAGUUCCAUGAUGGUGGUUCCUCCCAUUACACCAUCAACCACGUUUAAACAAGUUUCACCUGGUGUACUGACUGAUGGUUAUGAUUACAGUCGUGGUGGAAAUCCCACAAGACGUUGUUUGGAAAAGUGUGUUGCUGGUCUUGAGGGUGCUAAAUAUGCUCUAGCAUAUUCAAGUGGCCUCGCUGCAACAAUGACAAUCAUCAAUACAUUGAAGGCAGGAGAUCAUGUUAUAUCAACCGAUGAUGUAUACGGAGGAACUAACAGGUACUUUCAAAAGGUUGCUGCUAAGUUUGGGCUUGAAUUCAGCUUUGUAGAUUUUACAAAUCUUGAUAAUGUGAAAGCUGCGAUUAAACCAAACACUAAGAUACUUUGGGUUGAAACACCCACCAACCCCACCAUGAAAGUAACCGACAUACGAGCGGUGGCAGACCUUGAGAAACCCAGUGAAUGUAUUAUAGUGGUGGAUAAUACUUUUAUGUCUUCAUAUUUUCAGCGUCCGUUGCUCCAUGGUGCUGACAUUGCUUAUCAUUCAGCCACCAAGUACAUGAAUGGUCAUAGUGAUGUAGUAAUGGGACUUAUUACUACAAGCAAUGAUGAACUUUAUAAAAAACUUCAGUUCUUACAAUAUGCUACCGGACCCGUUCCUUCAGCUUUCGAUUGUUAUCUCGUCAAUCGUGGAAUUAAAACUCUCGCGUUACGAAUGGAGCAACAUCAGAAGAACGCGAUAAAAGUUGCCACGUGGCUUCAAGGUCACAGUGGGGUUGAAAAGGUCAACUAUCCUGGUCUGCCUUCACACCCACAAUAUGAAAUCAUGAAGAAACAGGCCACCGGUUGCUCUGGAAUGAUAGCUUUCUGGUUAAAGGGCGAUUUACAAACCGCCAAAACUUUCCUGCAAUCUCUUAAAGUUUUCAUUCUUGCUGAAAGUUUGGGAGGAUAUGAGAGUUUAGCGGAACAUCCAGCCAUCAUGACCCACGCGUCUGUGCCGGCAGCUCAACGUGAGGUCCUCGGGAUUGGAGACAACUUUAUUCGAAUCUCUGUUGGUUUGGAGAAUGUGGAAGACUUGAUUGCUGACCUUGAUCAAGCAAUGAAACUUGCUAGUGCUGGAAAGUAAGAAGUGUUUGAACAACCAUCAUGAAGAACACCGCAUACACAUUUAAUUUAUAAUAACAACAAAUAUACUUUACCAACCACUAGAUAUACACAAUCAACUAAAACUGUUCAAUUACUUUGCACUAAACGGGUGUUUUAGCACUAAGUGGAUUUAUCUUCUAAUUUAUAACUUUAUUUACAUAUUUACACCACUUAGAGAAUGUAGUUGCAAUCAUGGUGUAACUUAAUGUGGUUUUUGCAAUUUAGAAUAAUCAGCAAAAUAAAAUUCACUUUGCGUUUA